UCCACUUUACCAAAAUAAAGAAAAUAGAAAUAAAACGCUGCCCACUAUUGCCAGCAAAGCCAGAGAUCUCCUCUCCUUCUGUUUUAACUCAGCUUUUUUUUUCCCCUUUUGUAACCUCGUGAUACCUUCGAAGCCUCCAUCCCCAUCUCUGUCUCUCUCUCUCUCUCUCCCCCUCUGUCAUUUGUCUUUCUUCUAUGGGUUCUCACCGGAAAAUCGCUUUUGGUUCGGUCCAAACCCGUUCUUACAAGCUGCCUACAAAAUAACAGCCAAGUAGAGCGAAAAAGAACCAUUUUUUCCUCAUUCUUUGUUGUGUUUUGUUUUUCUCCUAAAAUCCCAAAAUGGUAGUAAAAUUUGGCUGUGUUUUUAUAGUUUCAGUUCUGAUAUUAAGUUUGGGAGUAAACUCAGAACCAGUUCAAGACAAGCAAGCUCUCCUUGCGUUCCUUUCAGAGACCAAACACGCGAACCGGAUUCAGUGGAACUCAUCAACCUCAGCCUGCGACUGGGUCGGUGUCAAAUGCGAUGCAAACCGCUCUUUUGUCUACACUCUCCGGCUCCCAGGUGUGGGCCUCGUCGGUUCCAUUCCGCCCAACACAAUCGGCCGGCUAAACCAACUACGAGUUUUAAGUCUCCGAGCAAACCGUUUAUCCGGUGAGAUCCCUGCCGACUUCUCCAACUUGACUCUCCUCCGUAGCCUAUAUUUGCAAGGUAAUGAGUUCAGCGGUCAGUUCCCAUCCAGUGUGACUCGAUUUACCCGUUUGGCACGGCUCGAUCUUUCCUCUAACAAUUUCACCGGUCCAAUUCCUUUCGUGGUCAACAAUUUGACUCUUUUGACCCGACUCUUCUUGCAAAACAACAAAUUUUCCGGUUCUCUCCCAAGCAUCAACUCCGACGGUUUGGUUGAUUUUAACGUUUCUAAUAACAACCUUAACGGUUCAAUCCCCGACACGCUAUCUAAAUUCCCUGAAUCUUCAUUUGCCGGAAACCUCGGGCUUUGCGGUGGCCCACUCCGGCCAUGUAACCCAUUUUUCCCUUCUCCGGCUCCAUCUCCUUCCGAGCCCAUUCCACCAACAACUUCUCGUAAAAGGUCCAAAAAACUUUCCACCGGCGCCAUUAUUGCUAUUGCCGUGGGGUCAGCAGUCAUCGCGUUAUUAUUAUUAUUAUUCCUUAUUCUUUGUCUCCGCAAACGGCAACGGCGGCCACCGAAGCAGCAGAAGCCAGUUACGGCCGCGACACGGGCGGUUCCGCCGGCGGAAGCGGGAACUUCCUCGUCGAAAGAUGAUAUAACGGGAGGGUCAACGGAAGGGGAGAGGAAUAAGCUCGUGUUCUUUGAAGGUGGGGUUUAUAGUUUCGAUUUGGAGGAUUUGUUGAGGGCUUCGGCGGAAGUGUUGGGAAAAGGCAGUGUGGGCACCUCGUACAAGGCUGUGUUAGAAGAAGGGACAACGGUGGUAGUUAAACGGUUAAAAGACGUGGCGGUUAGUAAAAGAGAGUUCGAAAUGCAGAUGGAAAUGUUGGGUAAACUUAAGCAUGAAAAUGUGGUUCCUUUGAGAGCGUUUUAUUACUCCAAAGAUGAGAAAUUGCUCGUUUAUGAUUUCAUGCGCGAUGGUAGCUUGUCUGCCCUGCUUCACGGUAGUAGAGGCUCCGGCCGUACUCCUCUAGACUGGGACAACAGAAUGAGAAUAGCGUUAAGCGCGGCAAGGGGCUUAGCACACCUCCACGUGACGGGGAAGGUGGUCCACGGCAACAUCAAGUCCUCCAACAUCCUCCUCCGGCCGGACCACGAAGCCUGCAUCUCUGACUUCGGUCUCAACCCGCUCUUCGGCAACACCACCCCGCCUAGCCGCGUGGCGGGCUACCGAGCACCUGAAGUAGUGGAAACCCGCAAAGUUACGUUCAAAUCUGACGUGUAUAGCUUCGGAGUGUUAUUGCUGGAGUUACUAACUGGCAAAGCACCAAAUCAAGCAUCGUUAGGGGAAGAGGGGAUUGAUCUUCCUCGUUGGGUUCAAUCCGUGGUCCGCGAGGAAUGGACCGCUGAGGUUUUCGACGUGGAGUUAAUGAGAUAUCACAGCAUUGAGGAGGAAAUGGUGCAGCUGUUGCAAAUUGCAAUGACUUGCGUAUCGACGGUACCUGAUCAAAGACCCGCCAUGGAGGACGUUGUACGAAUGAUUGAAGAUAUGAACAGAGGGGAAACCGAUGACGGAUUACGGCAGUCGUCAGAUGAUCCUUCAAAAGGAUCAGACGGUCAAACUCCUCCCACCGAAUCAAGGACCCACCGAGAUCCGCCACACCUUAGGCAUAAUGUGAACGAAGCAAGGACAGAAAAUUGGAAAGCAACAAGACGGUAUAUGGGGGGUGGGGGUUGGGUUCUCCUUGAAAUCUGCACAAAGCGUAAGUAAAGAGUGAUAGAGUGCGCAGUUGAUUGGGGGAAAAGCAACCAAGGUUUGCCCCUAAUUUGUGUUUUCUCUUUAUUUAUUUUUAUUUAUUUCGUUUCUUGGUUUUAUUUUUUUUCUCUUAAUUUUACUUUGCAAUUAUUUUAUAGGGUGCAUUAGGGGGGAAUUUGAAUUGUUUUUGAUGGAGGGUGGUGGUAGUGGGGACUGGGAAGUUCCAUGAACUGAUUGGAAUUUGACCAUUGAUGGAUUUAGUUGUUUUUCUUUUUAUUUAAUUCUUUCCUUUGUAUCUGUACCUCACAACAAAACAAUCCACCGUGUCCUUAA